UUUCCUUUUGGUGAGGGAAUGGGAGUGGUAUGCUGUGUUAUUUAUAACCAACGUGCACCCAAUAAUCCUUCUGAAGCGGUCUUAUUAUAAAGAGGUCCUCAUAAAAGUUGCAUUAUAACUCUUGUUCCAUCACCACAUCCUUGAGAAAGAUUGAGGGAAGAUGAGAGGAGUGGGAAAAGACAUACAAAAGAGUAAGACAAGAAUCUGGCAUAAAUCAACUCAUAAUAUCUUCUAUACCUGCCCAUUUUGCAUGAAGAAGUCUCCCCUUUAUGAACAUUUGCCUCUUUGUUAAUGCUCUCUUGAGAAUUAACAGAAUUCUCAGAGAAUCCCGCUUAAUUUCCUCCAGUGUUCAGCUGCUCAGGUCUAUCCGGAAACAAUCGACAGUGAUUUCAUAACCAACAGAAGAGAGAAGCUGCCGAAGGAUGAGGGCAGGACACAGGGGGAUCUCGGGUCAGGAGUAAGAAACCUGCUGUAGUGAGAAGCAGCCCGCAGGUGGGGAGCCCUUCACACGGUGACAGGGAAGACCUGGAGUUUGUAUCUACCAGGUGACCAGGGUGCGGAACUGGGCUCAGCUAGGACGGGGUGGCUGCAUAAAAUGCGAUGGAGCUCGCUGGCCGGUGCCUGCAGAACAGCCACCCCACCCACCUCCAUGCUUGACCGCCCCAAAGUGACAGGUCCCUGGGUCCUGCCAGCAUUCAUCUCCCCCCGGGGGGGGGGAGGGGCGUCACAGAUGCACACGAGGGCAGGCCAGCUGGCAGAAGAAGGACAGAGAACAGAUCCUGGCCAGUAAAGGAUGAAUUUUUCUAUCCUCCUUUAAGACCACGGCUGGGAGAGUGCGGGAGGAGGCCGAAAGAAUUUGAGCGUCAGAAAAGAGAAAAGAAGGGUCUGGAGUCAGGGGCUCCUUCCAUCCUGGCUGUGCUGUGGCCUGGUAGGAUAAUGUAGCCCAAACUUUUCCUUUUAAAGUUUGAAGACGGGGCUCAGAGACAAUGCUUGAAGUAGUGGGUUCACCAACAUGUCCCGGGGUUCCAGCGCUGGGUUUGACCGUCACAUUAGCAUUUUUUCACCUGAGGGCUGGCUCUACCAAGUAGAAUAUGCUUUUAAGGCUAUUAACCAGGGUGCCCUUACAUCAGUAGCUGUUAGAGGGAAAGACUGUGCAGUAAUUGUCACACAGAAGAAAGUACCUGACAAAUUAUUGGAUUCCAGCAUAGUGACUCACUCAUUCAAGAUAACUGAAAACAUUGGCUGUGUGAUGACAGGAAUGACAGCUGACAGCAGAUCCCAGGUGCAGAGGUUACGCUAUGAGGCAGCUAAUUGGAAAUACAAGUAUGGCUAUGAGACUCCUGUGGACAUGCUAUGCAAAAGAAUUGCUGAUAUUUCUCAGGUCUACACACAGAAUGCUGAAAUGAGGCCUCUCGGUUGUUGUAUGAUUUUAAUUGGUAUAGAUGAAGCACAAGGCCCUCGGGUGUACAAGUGUGAUCCUGCAGGUUACUACUGUGGGUUUAAAGCCACUGCAGCAGGAGUUAAACAAACAGAGUCAACCAGCUUCCUUGAAAAAAAAGUGAAGAAGAAAUUUGAUCAGACAUUUGAACAAACAGUGGAAACUGCAAUUACAUGCCUAUCAACUGUUCUAUCAAUUGAUUUUAAACCUUCAGAAAUAGAAGUUGGAGUAGUUACAGUUGAAAAUCUUAAAUUCAGAAUUCUUUCAGAAGCAGAGAUUGAUGCUCACCUUGUUGCUCUAACAGAGAGAGACUAAACAUUGUAGUUAGUUUGCCAAAUCCAUGACACCACUUGCCUGUGUUUGGUAACAACACACCAAUAUCGUGGAGGCCCCAGGAUUGAAAAAGGAACCGCUCCCACUCCUCCUGCCACUGUGAAGUGGUUAGGACUCUGUAUAAAUAAAAACAGUGCUUUUGGAAAAAAAAAUAAAGUUUGGAAGAGGAAAUACAUCCCUGGAUUCAAAACUCAGAUGCCACCACCACUGCUAGUGACAACUACUAGUAAUAGCUCUGGUGUGUUCCCUGCAGUACAAACCUAUGUUGGGAUUUGCAUUGGCAGCGCCUUCCUACUUACAGACUCAUUGGUACUAGACCUCUGGGUGUACUUAUGCUUGGUUCUGCUUUGGAAAUUCCUAGCAAGGUAAAGGCUAUCUAGAUUACCCAGAUCAUUAGCAAGUGAUGGACAUUAGCAACGCGCUGUAACCAGUAGAACUUUAAGAAAACUAAAGCCUUAAUCAGAUAUCUCAAGCAUUCCCCUGAAUGGUGAAUAAUACUGUUCUAGAGUGACUCAAUCCCCCCCCUUCAAAUUCAUUUAGAAGCCUAAAAGACUAUAUCACUCUUUUUAAUUUUUAGCCUAAAAC